GAGCAGCGCACCACAUACAUAGUACUGAGUACACACACACAAGGGCCGUCACUCUCCUGCAUAAGCUCCGUACCUGGCACUACCACAACACACCAACACGAUAGCUCAUUUCAUUCUGAUGACACACUUUUUAUUCUUCUGGAGAUCUUCAGUCACAAGCUUUUCGAGCCUCUCAAGAACCACAUUCCUCCGCAUGUGCUGACCAAGAGAGAUUGCCCUCAACAAGCACUACUCGCAGUGCGAUCGUCUCGCCCGCGACAAACACGUCUACCACGAUGGCGGAAAACGAUAACUUGCGUACGGCGUCGCUGUAUAUCAACAACCAAUUGCUCUCGCGAGGACUCUUACGCGAUGGCCAAACAAUCAACUUUGCCGACCCGGACGAUAGUUCGGGCGGCGCGGAGGCCACCAUGGGCAAGAUCAUGAGCAUCGUCAAUGAUUUGAUCUUGCGCCGAGACCGCGACGCCGAACAACGCGAGAACCUAUCGACCACCAUGCGCACCGUCCGCGCCGAGAACCUGCGGUACACAAACGACAUCGCACGCCUCUCGGAGAAACACACCGAGGCUCAAAGAAAGCUCGACAUCAGCGAGGCCACCGAAAACACCUUGCGCACCCAGCUCAAGUCUGCCGACGCCGCUGUACGCGGCCUCAAGGACGAGGUCGCUCGCGCCAAGACUCUGGUAGCUCAGACGCGGGCCUCCUGCGCAACGGAGGUCCGACGCCGGGACCGUCAGAUCGAUGGCCUGAAGAAGCAACUGGGUGAAGCCGGCCGUCCCCGCGGCACUGCAAAGAGCUCCGCCGUUACCGUUAUUAGCGUUGUCGCCGGCGAGGGCGAAGACAAAGUAUCACCGAAGCGCGGAGGCAAAGCCGCCGCGGCCACAGAGGAUUCAGGUUACGACCUGCGCAGCGAGACGAACGAGUUCCUGACAGACCUUGCGCGGAACCUUGGCGAAGAGAACGAGUCCCUCCUGAAUCUGGUCCGUCGAACGACAAAGAAUUUGCGCGAGAUGAGUGGCUGUGAUGUCAGAACAAGCCAGGGCGAUGGCCAUGCUGUCACGCUGCCCACGGCCGAGGACAUGGCAAAUGAGCUUGACGCCAUCCUUGAGCAUCUGCGCUCUAUCUUGACGAACCCCUCGUUCGCCCCUAUCGAGGAGGUCGAGGUCCGUGAAGAGGAGAUUGCACGUCUGCGUGCGGGCUGGGUCAAGAUGGAGAACCGCUGGCAAGAGGCUGUCCACCUCAUAGACGGUUGGCGUCGGCGCAUGGUUGCCGAUGGCAAGUCGGUGAAUAUGGAAGAACUCAAGAUGGGCCUCCGUCUUAGUCCUGUGCGCGUUCGCAAUGUUGAGGAGACCCACCAGGGCGGCAUGGACAUGCAUGAGCUGUCUUGUGUGCAAGAAGAGUGCACUGCCGACUUGGAAGAGGAAGGAGAGGAAGAGGAGGAGGAGGAAAUUGAUUACGACGAUUUGCCCGAGUCUCCGUGCCCUGCUCCACAAAGGGUCGAGUCCCUCCAUCUUGUUCCCGCACCGGCAGAGUACGAGGCCGCUCCUCGAGAAGAAGACUACAACCAGGACGAUCAGCAGAGCGACUAUGAGUCAAGUAUCUUUGAGGACGUCGAUGUUGAGGAACUCGAUAUUGAGGAGCCCAAUGUCCAGAUUCUCCAACAAUCCACCGCCUACCUCAGCUCGCCUCCUCUACCGCCCCCGCCUCAGAUGAGCCCGCUCCGCGAGAUGCCGUCUGCGGGUAACCGCGACGCGAGGCCAAGGCGCGAUAUUCGCAGCGAUUACGACACGACGGCCAACGAGAAGCUCAGGACGAUCCGCGCCGUCGACGUCGCCCCGAAGCCACCACCACACCUCGUUCAACUUCCACGAUCGCCGCAGAAGACGGUUCACCCAGUCGACGACCGCUCUCGCACAACAUCCGCAGCAUCCAUCGCCUCCGAGUCGACACAUAACGGCGCACCCCUCAUCACACCAUCCGGAACCCCGCCCCCAGAAGUAAACCAAACGCCUACGGCACGUAAACUCCCCAAGCCGCCGCGUCUCGUAUCAGCUGCCCCUGCAGCACCGUCACCAGCGGUCCCAGCACCGAGGGAAAUUCAAUCUCCCGUUAAGAACAUCCGUACAGUCUCCCAGGAGAGCCAAGAAAGCCAGACGAGCCAGGAGAGUUGCGAAGGCGCGCCCCCUGCUCCCGCCGUCCAGCCCACCAGCAACAACAACAAGAACGCAACACCGCACCGUACUCCUCUACGCCGCGUUCCCUCCCGUCUGCCCCUCCCGCGGCCCUCGGACCCGCCACCACAGCAGAGCCCUCUGACGAUGGCAACCAUCGCAGCCAAGCUAGCAGCUUCGGAGCGUGAGGCCGAUGCCGCUCGUGUUCGCGCGAAGCUCAAGGCAGCCCGCGGAGGUGCGCUCGGCAAGCCAAUGGCAGCACCUCAGCAGCAGCAGCAACAACAUAUGCCUCCACCCCCACCAGAGACCAUCGUCGCCAUGCCACAAGAACCUCAACCCGUAGACUCCCCCUCCCCAGCAAAGACACGCGUAGACCGAGGAGACCUCGACCCGAUCAAGCGCGACAUUCCCUCGCAAGACGAGCAGGUUCAGCAAUCACCCCUCCAACCGACGAAACGCAAGCGCGAAAGGCGCGUGAGCAAAGUCGCCUCGAGGAGGCGGAGCACGCUUAGCCCGUGGGAGAUGGAGAGUCUCAUCUCUGGCAACGUUGCUGUCCCACCGUCACCCGUUCGGUCGUGAGAUACCACACGAUUCACAUUCUUUCAAACUUUGUGAGCAAAACAUUAAAAGCGAAAAAAGGUCCUCCCUUUUUUCGCAAAUUACAAUCACUAUAUAAUAUAACUAGUCAACAACUCUCCUUUACUUUUUUCUUUGGGAGGAAAAAAACCGAGCUGUCUUUUCGAGGGGAAAGGGGGGAAUAUCCAACGGCGUUUGAGAAAAGGGGGGGAACAA